AAACCGACUACGACCAUGCACACACUCUUUGGUACUCUUUCUCGCACAACUACCCUUCGUCGUGCCCCGCUCGUCCUUCGCCGUCCUCCACAGUUUCAGGGCCCUUCCCAAUUCACAGUCCGUCCAGCAGCCAUUAACCUGGCCCAGGUCCAUGCACGGUUCGCAGCAAGUUCAGUUUCAGGCAGACCAGGCAGUCAGACUAUAGAGCAUGCGAGGCAGAACGUGAAGGAGGAGGUCGGGAACUCGAUGACAGACUGGGCGCGCUCGAUUGCUGGCGGCGUGUUCACAGUAGAUAGCGUCAAACCGACAAAGGACUCUUUCUUCGGUAUCACCACUGCAGUCGCGCAUUCCGUGCCGACCCCCUAUCUUGUCAUGGGCCUUGCUGGUGGUAUCCCAUAUAUCGCGUCGUCUGCAACUACCGUGUAUCUUGCACACCAAGCAGGUCUCGCGACCAUGGGUGUUAUCACGAACAUGGACCCUGGUGUUGCGCUUAACGUCUUAGACCAAGCGCUCAACUUCCAAGUCCACUAUGGCGCUGUGCUUCUGUCCUUCCUUGGUGCGAUCCACUGGGGUAUGGAAUUCAGCGGUCUGGGUGGGUACAAAGGCUACCCCCGUCUGUUCCUCGGCAUAUCUCCCGCAGUCUUGGCGUGGUCAACUAUUACUCUCCAACCUACUUUCGCACUGCUCUGGCAGUGGAUUGGAUUCACUGCACUGUGGUAUGCCGAUAAUAGAGUCACGGCUGCCGGUUGGACACCAAAAUGGUACUCCCAGUACCGCUUCUACCUUUCCAUCCUUGUGGGCACAUGCAUCAUCGGCUCCCUUGCAGGAAUCUCGUAUUAUGGCCCUGUAGCCGGCCACGGUCUUCUCUCCCAUGACCUCAACAUGAUUCGCGCUGAGCGAAAACUUAUCGAGCCUGAGCGCACGGGCCACGUUGGUGGGGACAUUGAGGCUGUUCAGGGUGAGGAGUCGAGCGACACAUACGUUGUCAUCCGCCGGAAGCACAAGAACGGCAAUGGCGACAAUGGAGCUAACGGAGAGGCGCACGCUCAACAGUGAUAUGUGGCUCAUAAGGUGAGGGAGGACUUACUGAAAAGCCACAGAGAGCUGGAUGUUGUGGAAAUAAACACCAUCACUUGUACUUGUCAACUGUAUAUCUGUACGUGUAUCAUACCUUUCGCUGUACUAUGACCUCCAAAGACAAAUGUUCUUUGCUACC